CCUAGGAAGACAGAAAGACAGACAGAGGAGUGAAUGUGGAAAGAACAGAGGGAGGAAAUACGGAGAUGUAAGGAUAUACAACAACAAUAAAUGACAAACCAGGGGACAGUAACCAUGGUGUGGACUACCAACAACUAAAAUAUGCAACAGGGUGGAUGACAUCAAGCAAUUCAGCAUUUGCAGAGGCAUAUUUUUCAGCAGAUAUACUCAAUUCACUGCACCCUGAAGGUGCCAGAUGUAACUUCACUUCCAAUUCUGGUUAAUGCAGUUGUGGAUGAAGAAGAACACCCAGCUUUCCAUCCAUCCCACCAUUCAUCCAUCAUGGCAGAUCCUUCUCCAGGCUGGUGGAAGCUGACUUUCCUGAGGAGAAAAAAAUCCCAGCCUAAGGUUCUAUAUGAAAUCCCUGCAGAGUUUGUUUCCAAUGCCACCACUGGCCAGCAUGGGUCUGGAGCAGCUACCGGAGCUGCCCACCCAGAGGACAUAGUGCAUGACUCUCAGCUGGAUGCCCGACUGGAGAGGAUCGUCGAUAAAACAUCAGCCAAUAAGGGGCGUCACGUUAAGGUGUCUCACUCUGGAAGGUUUAAGGAGAAGACGAAAGUGAGAGCCACCCUGGCAGGGAACCCAGAGAUUUUUCCAGGGUGCGACCCUAUGAGGGAUGAGAACGAGAGAGCUGGGAAGUGAUAUACACACAAACGCUGUAAAUGAAUGGUAAUGCAAGCACAUAAAGACUUAAAGACAUAAAGAUUCAGUUGCAGAUGCUCACAGUGAGAGUUACAAAUUUGCUGUUUGGUUUUCCGCUCUCUGCCCCCCUGAUUGAACCAUAAUAUCCAAAUGUGGUAAAACCUUGUUAAUCUUGUUUCGAAAUUAAAAACCCAGUAGAAAUGCAAACUCUAACUUGUGGAAAUAAAAUGGGCCUAGUUUAUAUUUCUGUAGAGAAGUGGGAGCUUUUCCCAUGCACUUCAAUACAUCUAGUGGCCACUAGAGGAAUCGUAUCUUGAGGUACCAGUUUCAGCUUUGGUGGUUGCAGCUUCAUCGACAGUACUUUGACAACUAGUCCACUGUAUUGUGUAGAUUCAAUAAAGUCUGUAGUGUGUGAAAUGAUGUGCGAUCCCGAGCACAAAAUAACGGUAGGUACUGUGGCUGACUAGCACUAUCUAAUUCUAGCUGGCUAGUGUGUAAGCAAAUGGCUGGCCAGUCAUAGUGGACAAUUGACCUUCCACCUCAAAAAUGUAUUUGUCUUAAUGAUAUUGCCACACAGCAAUCCUGGAGAUGGUAGUAUUCUAUUCUACCUGUACACCCUGUACCAUGAGCAGGAGGAAAGCAGCGUUAAUGGGCCUAACGGCUCAUUUUCACACCAUGACCACUCAGCAGGUUUAUCCAAACAUGUGUCAUUAUAUAUCUUAAAAUUGUUUUUUAAAAAUUUUCAGCAGCUUUUAAACCUGAAACAUUUUUGCCUUGGUUGAAUAUCGAUAUUUCAUUAUGUCUUACCUUUCAAAUUAAGUGGAUUAACAUACUGUCACUUUGACAUGUUGCUGGGAUACUAAAAUGCAUGAACUGUGGUUUGCCUUUUUUAAAUGAAAUCAAUCAAAUUUUCAUUACAGUAUUACAAUUUUAGCAAUGCUUCACAUAGAGCUAUUUAUUUGAAUAUGUAAUUUAACCUGUAAUUUGAUAUGGGCAUGCAGAGAGUUUGGAGUCAUUUCUUGAUCUGUUCAACUGAUGGAGUUGUGAAUCUUGUGUUGACAGAAAAUGACUUGGUUUGGCCAGAAUUAACAUUAACAUGAGUAAUAUCUGUCUACAAACGUUCUGCACUUGCGCAGAUUUGCAGUAGAUGACAACCACACUGCAUGCUUAGAAUCUAAUCACAACAGAAGAGCCAACCUGCACACAACCUGCCAGAAAAAGCCGGUCAGAAGCAGUAUUGCUCCAGCUAAACACCUUAAACUAUUCACUUCAACAUUCCUCUGCUUUGGUUUUUGUCUUUAAGUUUGGCUGAGAAGCUUGUUUUCUAGAUAGAUGUUAGUGUCUCUUAUAGUAUCUGGAUUAUACUCAACAUCCAAUCAACACAUAAACUUCUGCCACUUUAAUAACACUAUCAGUUUUGAUUCUGGGUGAAAUUAAUGUAAAAAUGUUGAUAUUCUUUUAUUUUUCCAGUGCUAAAGUGCUCUCACAGUUGCUGUGAUGAUUUCAGCUUUAUAUGUCAAUGCUGCAAACUUUUUUUAUAUAUAAAUGUCUUUAUUGCAUAAAUAAA